UGCCGGCUGCUUAAAGGGUUACUGGAGCACUCGGAACAGGCGCACGGCUACUUCCUGUUCUAACUCGAUUUGUUUCCUUGACAGGUCAAGCCCUUGAGUCCUUGAAUAAGAAAGAACCUUCAUAUGAUAUUUCUGCACUUGCUAGAGGGGUAUUUUUAAGUAUUGUCUUAGGCUCUUACCUAAUCAAAUAUAUUUUUCUGCUACCUGUUUUGGGUCUUAGGCUCUUAGCUAAUCAAAUCUAUUUUACAUUUAUUAUGCCAUUUUGUUUUGUUCCUUAUGUUUUUGUGUUUUUCUUUGCUUUUUCAUCAUGUUCUAUGUCAUAAGUCAGUGAGUGACCAUCUUCUAUGCAUAUUGGUUAAGUAAAUGUUGAGAAUUGUUUUUACCAAUCUAGUUUUAUAAUCUUCCCUGCAAGUUACAUAGGCUGCUGCUCAAUAGUCUUAACUUAAGGUAGAUUGUAUUGUUCAUAAGAAUUUUUAUAGGAUAAUUUAUAUUUUUCCUUUGUACUUAGUAGAAUAUGUAGCUUGAAAAGGGAGGAUAGAAGUGUGAUAUAUGGCUUUUUGAACUCGUAUGAUGUGAUCUCAUCUCUAUGUUAACCAUAGAACAUAUCUUUCCAAACCCUAGAAGUUUUUCACAGGAUUUAUCGUUACUCAUGCGUGCUAAGUGUUUGAUUAUUUUUCUGUGACCAGAAGCCAAAAGAAAUUAUUAUUAUUAUUUUUCCUUACGUUGAGUAGGAAUGGCAAACAGCAAGUACGAGUACGUUAAGUCAUUCGAAGUAGAAGACGAGGUCAUGCUGCCCAACUUGAUCGUUGUUCGAAUCGACGGUCGCAAUUUUCGGAGGUUUUCUGAAGUUCAUGAGUUUGAGAAGCCAGUUGAUGGGAGAGCUUUGAAUUUGAUGAACUUGUGUGCAACUGCCAUUUUAGAGGAGUAUCCAGACAUAGUCUUCUCAUAUGGGUUCAGUGAUGAGUACAGUUUUGUUUUCAAGAAGACAUCAAAGUUCUACCAAAGGCGUGCCAGCAAACUGCUAUCCCUCAUUGUAUCUUUCUUCUCUUCUGUAUAUGUCAUGAAAUGGAAAGAAAUUUUCUCUGAGAAGGAGUUGAAAUAUCCCCCAUCAUUUCAGUCACGGGUAAUAUGCUGUGCUUCAAAAGAAGUUCUUCAAACAUAUCUUGCAUGGAGACAAAAUGAUUGUCAUGUUAAUAACCUGCAUGACACUUGUCUCUGGAUGUUGGUUAAAGAAGGAGAGACUGAAAGGGAUGCACAAGAGUUUUUAAAGGGCACCCAAAAACAACAGAAAAAUGAGCUGCUUUUUCAGAAGUUCCGUAUCAAUUAUAAAAACCUUCCUGCAAUGUAUCGUCAAGGAUCCUGCAUUUUCAAAGCUGAGGUGGAAGAAAAUGUAAAGUACAAUGAGAAUGGCACUCCUGUUAAAAGACUCAGGAGAAAGGCAAGAAUUGUCCAAUCAGAGAAUAUAGCUGGGAGAAGCUUUUGGAACGAGCUUCCAAGUCUUCUGAAGGAGGUGGGUGGUUUUACUGAGGAUGUGGACAAAGUCAACCCAGAGUAUGUUAGGUUCUUCCAAUUUGAGAAGAAAUUGAUGCCAUCUACGUGGAUUGUAGUUAGAAUUGAUGGCUGCCAUUUUCACAGAUUUUCUGAAGUUCAUGAAUUUGAGAAGCCAAACGACAAACAAGCUCUGAACCUUAUGAAUUCAUGUGCAGUGGCUGUGUUAGAAGAGAUUCAAGAUAUAAUAUUCGCCUAUGGGGUCAGUGAUGAGUACAGCUUCGUUUUGAAGAAGGAUUCUCAAUUCUAUCAACGCCAAGCAAGUGAAAUAGUGUCUGUCAUCGUAUCAUUCUUCUCUUCCAUGUACGUAAUGAAAUGGAAAGAAUUCUUCCCUCGGAAGGAAUUGAAGUACCCUCCUUCUUUUGAUGGGCGUGCUGUAUGCUAUCCCUCAUCUAAGAUUCUUCAAGACUAUCUGGCAUGGAGACAAGUUGAUUGCCACAUCAAUAAUCAGUAUAAUACUUGUUUUUGGAUGCUUGUUAUCAAGAAAGGAAAAAGCAAAAGGGAAGCCCAAAAUUGUCUGAAGGGUACUCAAGCACAAGAGAAGAAUGAACUACUUAUCAAGGAAUUCAACAUUGACUACAAUGAAUUAGAAACCAUGUUCCGGCAAGGUUCCUUAGCUUUCUGGGAGAAGGAGGACAUUACUAUGACACAUGAGAACACAGCAUCGGUAGAAACUUCUCACAGAAAAGUUAUUGUAGAACAUUGUGAUAUAAUCAAGCCCGAGUUUUGGGAAGCACAUCCAAGCAUCCUUGAUGAGAACCACCUACUUUUUGAAGCAUUGAUUAACAAUUUUUCUUACCAACAUGAAUCUCUUGGAAAAGUUCCAUUGCCUUAAUUUUUUGUAUUUUGUAUGCAUAUGAAGUUUUUAUCCAUCAGCUUUUCCAAGUUCUUGAGAGUUAGAAAUUGAAAAUAUCUCACAACUCUACUUUCAACUAAUAUUUAACCUUAGAAUUUCAAUUGUAAUUAGGGAUGUAAGUACAUUCAAAAGCAUUGCAAUUUGGAUCCUCCAUAAGUGGAAGUCAUUUUUUCA